CCGUUCCAUAAAAUCAUUGCCCAUUAUUUUGUGUUACUUUCCCUUCAAUGGUUUGGAAAGCGGCAGCCCCUUAAAUUCACAUGUCGAAAUGCAAGCCCCAUUGAUUUUACUACUAUUUUUUUUUAGAAGAAUUAUUAUUUACGUACCCGAUUUUGGUGGAAUUCAUUUCCCAAAUGGAUAAUUCUCUCCUUUGAACCCUAAUUUGACGGGAUUAUAAUCGAAUUUUAUUUGAUAAUUCCUUGUAACGGAAGUUCUAUCUUGAUAUGGAUUUAUUCCCGUUAAUAUAGGAGUUCAUCUUGCUUAGGAUUUGUCCUCUAUAAAUUAAGGAAAGGAUCUCCUUACUUCCAAUUGAACGAAAAUCGAGAAGGGAAUCUACAGAUCUAUUCUCUGAGAGAUCGAAUUUCUUGGGUUUUCGAAGCUUUUGUUUUCCUCCAAGAAUCAUCGAUCCUCUGUUUUCAAGCUUCUUGUUUGUGUUUUUAUAUCAAAGUAUCUUCCACAUUCAACCGAUUCAGAAAGGUGAAUUCCUUUUGAAAUCCCAUAAUUGCUCUCUGGUUUUUGAAGGUUUCUUGCGAGAUUUCUCAAGGAUUUCACUCUCAGAAUUCAAGGAUUUCUCAUCUGUUUCGCCCUUCAAUUUGAAGAUUUAUGCUCUGAUAUUCCUUUUCGCUCUUCAGUUCUGCAGAUUUCCCAUCAGUUGGUUGUUUUCUCAGGUUUCGAUUCUUUUAGGCUUAAAAGCAUAAGAAGGAUCUGAAAGAUUCACAACAAUGCCGGAGAAGAGUUGGGAAAGUUGCCGGCCCUCUGAAAACCCUCGCCUCUGCGCCAACAACUGCGGUUUUUUUGGGAGCCCUGCAACUCUAAACCUAUGUUCAAAGUGCUACAAAGACUACCGCCUCAAAGAGGAGCAAGCCGCCGCCGCAAAAGCCGCCGUCGAGAAGUCACUCGCCGGAAACAACCCCACUCCGGCGGCCGAGACUGAAAUCCUGGCCAAAGAUUGCCAAGACGCCGAAAUUGAUGGCUCCGCUCCUCUCCCUUCAAGGUUGUCUUCCUCGCCGGAAUCUGAUCCACCUAAGAACUCCGAAGAUCGCCAAUCCAAAAUUGUCCGGCUAGGCGGCCCUGCUUCUCUGCCUUCGACGUCGUCUUCCUUGCCGGAGGCGAGUCGGGAUCGAAUCAGUGAAAGUGCAAGUUGCCACCCCUCUGAAAACGGCGGCCACUGCACUAACAACUGCGGUUUUUUUGGGAGCCCUGCAACCCUAAAUCUAUGCUCAAGGUGUUACAAAGACCCGCCUCAAAGAGGAGCAAGCGGCCGCCGCAAAAGCCACCGUCGAGAAGUCACUCGUCGAAACAACCCCUCUCCGGCGGCCGACUCUGAAAGCCCCGCCAAAGAUUGCCAAGACCCGAUAAUUAUCCGGCUAGAUGGAUCCGCUCCUCUCCCUUCGACGUCUUCCUUGCCGGAAUCUGACCCACCUGAGAAACGCUGCUUCAUCUGCAAGAAGAGGGUUAGGCUCUUUGGGUUUAGGUGCCAGUGCGGCAGCAUCUUCUGUUCGGUCCACAGGUACCCCGAAACACACGACUGCGGCUUCGAUUUCAAGAAGGUCGGCCGCGACGCCAUUGCCAAAGCGAACCCCUUGAUCAAGGCCGAUAAGCUAACCAGGAUUUGAUUUGAGGGAGGACGCCGUAAUAUGACGUCAUUCAGCCGGAUUAUUGAUAAGAUUCCGGCGCGUGCAAGGGGAUUUACGGACCGACGUGGAAAACGGGGGGAAAAGGCUUUCAUGUGAAUAAGAUUUUCUUUUUUUUAAAGUGCAAUGUAGGAAAAUAAAGAGAAGUGGAAAGGAAGAGGAGAGAAAUAUUACCUCUGUGGUGGAUGUGAAGAGUCUCUUUUGAAAAUGAAUGCGAUAUUUUUAAAUGA